GAGAGGGUGAAUUGUUUUUUUUUAGGUAAGAAGAGAAGGAUCGGUUGUUUGCUUUCAAGGGAAAAUCGGUUGUUUGCUAUGAGAGAUGAUAUGUUCUUACACGAUGGUGUAAGACCAAUUUAACAUGUAUCUCUUGUAAACUUUUUCAAGAGCCCGUGGCAACGCACGGGCACUCUAUUGGUUAUAGUAGUGUCGCAGAUUUAAUACAUAUAGCAGAUCAAGGGAGUAUUUUUUAACUGUGUUGGUUUACCGUGGGUGUACGGCUGUACGCACGCCUCGCAUAAAUAGUUCUGCACCAGUAGGGAACCACCACCCAAGAAAACGGAGCAGUCUUUUCUUCUGUUCUUUCUUUUCCCUCCCUCCUCUGAUCUCUCUCGCUCCGUUCCACCGAAAUAGAUGGCCGCACUCUGCCUCACGGCUCCGGCGAUCGCGAGGUGGUCCCCGCCACCGUCCCCCCGGCGGUGGCAGCACCCCCUGUGCCAGGACUGCGCCAGGCGUCGCAGGGGCCUUGCGCGGCGGCGGGCCAGUGGAGACGACGGGCCGGAGGAGGCGGAGGCACCGCCGGUGAGGACCCUCCUGGUUGACAACUACGACAGCUACACCUACAACCUCUUCCAGGAGCUCUCGGUCGUCAAUGGAGUGCCGCCUGUGGUGGUGCGCAACGACGAGUGGGCAUGGGGGGACGUGUACUACUGGGUGUACAAGAAGAGGGCCUUUGACAACAUCGUGAUCUCGCCUGGCCCUGGAUCUCCGGCGUGUCCUGGCGACAUAGGUCUGUGUCUCCGGAUAGUUUCUGAGUGCGGAGAUAUACCCAUCCUGGGUGUCUGCCUUGGCCACCAGGCAUUGGGGUUAGUACAUGGCGCUAAAAUUGUUCACGCUCCUGAAGCUAUACAUGGACGACUUAGUGAAAUUGAACAUAAUGGAAGCUACCUCUUUAAUCAUAUCCCGUCGGGUAUAAACUCUGGAUUCAAGGUAGUGCGCUACCAUUCACUUGUAAUAGAAGCAACCUCACUGCCUGAGGAUCUUGUGUCAAUAGCAUGGUGUGCCUCUCCCAAAAUGCUAUCUUUUGUAGAUAGCGAUCAGGCUGAUAAUUGUCCCUUAUUGGGAUCAUUAAAUAACUUUUCCAUUACACACCCUUCGGAAGUAACUAACAAUAGAGAAGUGCCGAUUACCAUACACAAUCCUGGUAAACCAGAUGGCUACAAGAUAAUCAUGGGUAUCAAGCAUUCUAGCAGGCCUCAUUAUGGAGUGCAGUUUCAUCCAGAGAGUAUUGCUACUCGUUAUGGAAGACAUAUUUUUCAGAACUUCAAGAGGAUAACAACCGAAUAUGGAUCACCGUCAUCUUCGUUUCUGGAAAGAAAGGCUCACAGUGCUGGUAAACUGGAAAAAUCUCAUGUACCGUAAAUGAAUAAUAUUUUUCACUUUGCUUCGGUACACCCUCUCUAAACUCAUCAAUGACUGAGAUCGGUCUGUACCCCUUCGUAAUUAAAGGCAUGAUGGACAAUAAAAAUAAUUAAGUCAAGUUUAGCAGACGCCAAACCCAACAGAAACCUUAAAUCCUUCUUUUAUGAAUUGUGAUGACUCAGGUCGGAAAAGGUCCGGUCAUGUCCUUGACCGAGCUGACGUGUAGUCGGCCGCCGGCGGUCCAGACCGGACCGGACCGAACCACCUGAGGACAGCUCGGUUAGGGCAUCUCCAACAUUGACCCGCAAAUUUGCUCCCACAUCCGUCAAUGGACAGGGGACCAGUCCGCGGACACGGAUGUGGGAGGCGGCCAUCCAAUGUUGCCUGCAUACAUUUCAAGACGUGUUUCAACUAAGCGCACGAAAUUCAUGCAAACAUUUUCAUAUUCAUCGAAGUUCGGAUAAAAAUAGCACAAAUCACCAUAUAUAGCAUGCAAAUAAGUCUAGUACAAAUACGUCUUAAUUCGACGAGAUUAGCCGGGUAUCCAGCAAGAAGAAGCAAAACUUACAAUUUCCUCCUCUGCCCCGUGCAAUGGCCACCUUGCUUCCAGCCGAGCAACCACAUGAAAAAACUUAGUGACGAUGGUCUGGAUGGCGUAUCAGCGAUACGAUAGUGACCUCAUAUUGCGUUCUUGAAUGAUGUGCAUGUUGUAGGGCACAAUGUUUCCAGAAGAGACCCCCUGUGCUCCUGGCUACGAAAUCCGCAGAUAUGGCAAACCACACAUCGCACAACAGCUCAUCCUCAAUGAUCCAGUACCCCACCAUCCUUCGUACCCUGUGCUCCUGGCUACGAAAUCCGCAGAUAUGGCAAACCACACAUCGCACAACAGCUCAUCCUCAAUGAUCCAGUACCCCACCAUCCUUCGUACUCUGAAAAAACGACAUGACAUCUGAAAGUAAGCUAAAUGGCACUUGAACGAACAACAGGCAGGCGUGGUGUCCGCCAUGGAUGUCAUCAUAGAGGCACGUAGUGUACCUAGGUAUAAACAUCUCCAGGGUGGAUUGCGAUGGAGUAAAAGGCGAGCGGGCACGUCGGUGCUGAUUGCAGACUUCCGACAAUGCAUAUGUGUUGGCCAGAGAGGUACAACAAUGGCGGCGAAGGUGGAUGGUGUGGACGCAAAGCAUGGGAGAGAAUGAGCGG